AUGUCUAGACCGGAAUACACAGCUCCGCCAGAGAUUUUCUAUAACGACGAUGAGUCGACCAAGUAUACACAGAAUACCCGUGUGCAGCAGAUCCAGGCCGCAAUGACCCUGCGUGCCCUUGAGCUGUUGAACAUCCCCCAGGGCCAACACAUUCUGGACAUUGGCUGCGGGUCGGGUCUUUCGGGCGAGAUUCUGACGGAAGAAGGCCAUUAUUGGGUUGGCAUGGACAUUUCAGCCUCAAUGCUCGGUAACGCUUUGGAUCGCGAAGUUGAAGGCGAUCUCUUUUUGGCAGAUAUGGGGGCAGGCGUUCCAUUUCGUGCCGGCACAUUUGAUGCCGCCAUCUCUAUCUCUGCUAUCCAGUGGCUGGGCAAUGCCGAUAGCUCGCAUUCGAACCCACGCCAUCGGCUGCAGCGGUUUUUUCAGACACUCUAUGCCAGUCUGAAGCGCGGCGGCAAAGCCGUGUGCCAGUUUUACCCUACAGGGCAAAAGCAGCUUGACAUGAUCUUAGAAGCGGCCAAAGUAACCGGGUUUGGCGGUGGUGUGGUCAUUGACAAUGCCGACAGCAAGAAGAACAAAAAAUACUACUUGGUUCUCGCGGCUGGCGAAGGCGAAGAGGGAUUGAACCUGCAGGGCAUCCAAGUUGAGGAAGGAAAGAAGCGAGCCCGGAAGGGCGUGGAGACCCGUCGCGAGUUCAUUGCCCGCAAAAAGGAGACUAUGCGCAAACGAGGUAAAAUUGUCCACUUGGACUCUAAAUUCACUGGCCGCAAGCGUCGGACCAGAUUCUAA